CCCCUUUGGAAUUUGGACAAGUCGAAUGUCCGGAUGAAAUGGAAUGCCAUUACCACUGCUGGGGUCUGCUCGAGUGGGAAAAUCCCAUUUUUUGCUCUAUGGAACAACCCAAUAUUGUUUUAGGGUCUACAACCCCGUCCGCCCCAACAACUACUGCCAAUAGUCGUUUUACUGUCACUCAACACAUAUAUAUCGUACAUUUCACUCAGGGAUUAAUUCUAUUUUUGAUUUUUGUUUUGAUUUGUUUUGUUUAUUUUACCCGCCGAACUGUUCCUGCCCGUCCUAUUCCCAAAAAUCGUCCCAAACCUAACUUUUCUCUUCCAAAACCUCUCCUUAUUUCCGCAGUUUAA